AUGUCAAGGCAUGAAUCUGUUUCCUGCGAUAAUUGUCUUCAAAAUAACUUUGAAGGUAUCCGGUAUAAAUGUUUAAUUUGCCACGACUAUGACUUGUGCGAGCGUUGUUAUUCCCGAAGCGCGUCGACAAGCAACCACCGGCCCGACCACCCCAUGCAGAGUAUACUGACGCACCACGACUCGAACUUGUACCACAGAGGGGAUUCCGACCCCGAUUGUUAUACUUGUCCCUUUUGCGGCCAUUUCGGCUUCAGGAGUUCUGACCUGGCUUCACACAUUUCAACAGUUCACCGUGGCGAAGUGAAAGACGUCCUUUGUCCAGUCUGCGCGGUUACUUCUUCAAGCGAACCAAAUCACAUGACCGACAAUUUGUUAAAUCACCUCGAAAUCGACCAUGUCCAGCCGUUUCGAUCUGCGAGAAACGUCAGGUCGAUUAUUCGAUCGUCGCGAGGCGGAAGCAGGCCGAACAGGAAUCUAAGGAGCAGUGCGAUCCCCAUCAUGGACCUUGUCAGCAAUCGCGAGAUCAUUGACCUCACAGGACUGAAUCCUAUGAUCGACGACCCGGCCAUUCGCAACUUGAUAAUGGAUAUAACAAGGAGAAACACCAGCAACCGAACGGAACGAGCUGCGACGCCAUCGAAGGCAAGCAACGCGCUCAACGCUCAAAAUAAUAAAGUUCAAAGCCAGGCCGUCCCCACUUCACUCCUGCUGGACAAUCUAUCUGAAGAAGAAGACUCUUCGAACGACGAGUCGCACGAGAAAGGCGUCUUUUUCCAAGACCUGCUGCUUUCGACGCUGACUGAUCGCAAACUCAACUUGGUCACAUUCUCCCAAGCCGAAGAAGAGGAAGCAGAAGAGUCAGAAGCGUCGGAAUGCGACUUUGGCUUGUGCGACACUGACCCGGAAUCGGUGCUGAGUCGGAAGAUGCGAAAAAGGCAAAAGGCGCCAAUGUGCGAAAAAAGCGACAGCUGGCGAAUCCCUUCCUCUUGA